ACAAUGGCGGCUACGAAAGCUCUGGGAUUUGUUUUGCCGACGGGAUUAUUUAUACAGCCGUCGUUGAACCGUCGCGGAGGAGUUAGGGUCUCCGUCUUCCAGUGUUCCGUUUCUUCACUCACCUCUACAGGACUUCUGGAGAAACCUUGGAGCUCAUACAAUGCUAGGCUUGUGUUAGAAGAUGGCUCUGUGUGGUCGGCUAAGUCUUUUGGUGCUUCUGGAACCCGUGUUGCUGAAUUGGUUUUUAACACCUCUUUGACAGGGUAUCAAGAGAUUCUGACGAGUCCCAGGCUAGUAUGCCACUUAUUGGAGAAAAUGAAUCCGGCAUGCCAUUUUGUAAUCUGAAUGCCACUGUAAAUGUGAUAUUCCCAAAUUACCCUUAAUGAAAUAUCAGACGAUUGGUACAACUAAGAGAUGAUAGUACAACUAAGAGAUGAUUGUACAACUGGUACAGAUAGUAUAACUGAGAGAUAA